CAGCGGCUCCGUGCGGCGCGGCGGCAACAUGGCGGCGGCGGCGUCGGGUCUGGAUCAUCUGAAAAAUGACUACAGAGCAAGAUUCUGCCGUCCUUCCAGGGCACCUGACAUUCAUAGGAAAAAAGGCCAGAACAUGCUGGAGGUCUUACAAGAUUGUUUUGAAGAAAAAAGUCUCAUCACUGAUCUUACCACAAAUUCUACAGCAUCAUUGGUUUGUUCAACACCCAAAGUUAAAGACUGUAUUCAGUCACCAAGCAAAUGCCAGUCAUCACUUCCAAAGUCAGUUCCUGUUUCCUGCAGGACGAAAGCAGCCUCUCUGCAAGGCCUCGCACCUGACAGAACAACCAGUACAUCAGUUCGGGUUAGUGAAGUUCAUCAGAACAUCCUGACAAAUGAUGUCAGUUGUAAAGACACACCUAAAAGUGCCUCCAGCUUGAAGAGAAGGUCCGGUGAGAAGCGCGGCUCCUGCCAGGAGGCUGACGAUGAGUGCUAUCUGUCGGUCGUCUCGCCUGCUGCUCGGCACGCCACGGCGCCUCCGCCACAGAGCGCUGCUCCCUCUGACGCCCAAAGGACAGAGGCUUGCAGUUUCAUACGUUCAGUAAAUACACGGUCUUCCAGUACAGAGGUUUCUUUUAAAACCAGAAAAAGACUAGAUUUUGAAGAUAAAAAUACUUCAAACAAAAGAGAGAGUAACGUCUCAGAAGUAAAGAAGAACAUAUCAGAAGGACAAGAAGGGUCAUCACCAAAAAUGCCUCAAAGAAGAGGGCAAGAUUUGGAAUAUGAAAUCCAACCACAAACUAAGAAGAGUUUUUCCACCUUGUUUUUAGAAACUGUUGAGAGAAAAAGCCAAUUGAGUCCCGUUGUCAGGCAUACGGCAGUGGCUCCGCGUCUCCCAUUUCCUCCAAGUACCGUGAACUUGGCAGACGAUGAAUUUAUCAUUGAUAAGUCAGAUAGAAGUUUUGUAAGUCAACCUUGGGUUACAAUACCAAGAAAAGGCAAACACUCGAAACACCAUGUAGCACCUUCUGCUGAUGAAAGCGCUACAGUCCUUCAAGACAGGAAGUCAGGAGGAAAAGACCACACUGUGUCAUGCAGGACUUUGACAGGUAACUCAGACGUUCAUCAAGCACAAUCGGUAGAGAGAUCUCAGCCCUCUAGUAAAAAACGGGGCACAAGUUGUGCUUUGACAGAUGAAGUGGAGAAUAAUAGCAGAUCUCCAGAAUGUGAAGUGUAUUCUAAGAAUACCACAAGUUCAUCGGGAAACAAAAGGACUGCAAAACAGAAACCAAGAAGAACAUUAACAGCUGAUGUAGUGGAAGAACAGCUUAGUACUGGACAGUGUAAAGAUAGAGAGAUGCCAUCUAUUGCCCAAGACAAUUCACAAAGAAAUUCAGAGAGAGGAGUGGAUGGCUGUGAAGAGAUGAAAAAUGAUCCUGUUUCCCAGGAGGUGCCGCCUGUGGGAAAAAAGAAAAGAAAAAGUAGCAUCAAUAAAGAUGCGGAAGAAUCUAGAGAAAAACAUCUUCCUAGUGGGUCUGGGAGCAGAUUUGUUCCUAAAGACGUGACCUUGACUGUCAACAGAAGUCACAGAAUUUCCAGGCGUCCAUCUGAUUGGUGGGUGGUAAAACCAGAAGGAAGUAUUAUUGAUGGAAAUUCUUCAAUAAGAAAUGAAUUACCAGUGUGUCAUAAGAAUAGACAGAAGUCUCAGAAGCCUGCAAAACCUACUAAGAAAAGAAAUCACUUAUCUAAGAAUGCUGGGGGAAGACGUGUCCCACCAGAAAGGCAAAAGGCAGCUACUCGGCGCAGCUCAAGAGUCCAGAAGUCUGUAAAGGUUAAACGCUCUAGAAGAACUACUGUUGGCCACGAGGAACAUUCCAGUUCCCAGUGUGGGCCACCGGACAGUGACACAGCUGACCUGGCUCCGAAGGACAGCCUCUGCUGUCCUGGAGCUGAGGGGCAGUGCAAGGAUCAAAAUAGUGUUGUUCGUGCACAGAGUGUUCACCUGCAGUCUCAGACCAGUGAGUGUGCCACCAAGAUGCCAACAGAGCCGAAUUCGUAUUCUGGGGAAUCUAAAAUUUCAAUUUUGGAAGUGAGUGGACCUUCCAGGUUGAAGAACUUUGUGGUAUCAGGAAAGAGUACUUCUGACAUGGAGGAGGAGGACGUUCAGGAAUAUUUAGAUAAUUCAAGAAAAAAACAACCUGAGGAGUCACCAGAUAGGAGAAUGCACCCCAAAAUAGUAUUUCCCUCCAACACACCAAAUGUUCGCAGGACCAAGAGAAUACGUUUGAAGCCUCUGGAAUAUUGGCGAGGGGAAAGGGUAGAUUACCAAGAAAGGCCAUCAGGAGGAUUCGUGAUUCAUGGAGUACUAUCCCCAGCCCCAGUGCCAUAUAAAAGGAAGGCGAAAGGAAACACUGGGAAAGUCAAUAAAAAAGUUAACGCAAAAAGUAUCUGUCCUGAUAACCAUGAAAGAAGUGAUAAAUUGGCAUUGAAUUUGGAUAUACCUCUAGGAGAUCCUUUGCAGCCAACACGAGUGAAGGACCCAGAAACAAGCACAUUUAUCCCCAUGGAUCUUAUACGGCCACGAGAUACGUAUAAAUUUUUUAUUGAGCUUGAUGAACUAAAAGUUUAUAAAACAUUGGACACGCCCUUUUUUUCUACUGGGAAAUUGGUUUUAGGACCCCUUGAAGAAAAGGGGAGGCAGUAUGUAGGUCCAGAUAUAUUGAUUUUUUAUGUCAGCUUUGGUGACCUUUUGUGUACCUUACAUGAAACACCUUAUCUAAUAGCUACUGGGGAUUCAUUCUAUGUUCCCUCAGGUAAUUAUUAUAAUAUCAGAAACCUACGGAAUGAGGAAAGUGUUCUUCUUUUUACUCAAAUAAAGAGAUGAAAGAUGAAGCAAGUUAACUGUGUAUAUAUGUGUAUGUAUGUGUGUGUAUGUACACACACGUCAUACAUAGUUUGUAUAUAUGAUACAUUUCUGUAAUUGUGUUAUUUUUUAAAUGAUUUUUUUAAAAACCUUUUUUCCAUUCUUAUGCCUGUAACUUAUUUUAAUCUUAUUCCCCCCAAUUACCCUCUAAUCCCCUACCCAACUUAUUAAUACCCUUCUUCUCCAUUUACUUCUUCAUUAGCUAAUUAAAAAUAUAUAAUUAAAAAAGA